CUAUCUGCCCAUGCGCAGUGACUUGAAUGCCCUAUUUCACAAAGUCAAUUGGUUUUAUAACCGCUGUUGGUCUACUUAUUAUAACUAACCGCGCUGAAAUCUGUCUGUGACAAAAUAACUAUUUUACUGAAUACAUAGCUUGUGUGUAUAUCUCUCAACUUGUCUGUGUACUGACACUGUGUAUGUUUCAAUGGAUAUUGCUGCUUCUAACAUCGUAGUGUUGGUCUGUCUCUCUGUGGGGCAGACCAGCAGCCAGUUGUACAACCACACCAGAUCUAUCUUGAGCGAGAAACUGAGCAAGGAUGUGUACCACACGGAGGUCAGGCCGAAGAGGAAUCAGAGCGAAGUCUUGGAAGUCAACUUCAAGUUUUAUCUGGAGUCCCUGGUGGAGGUCAACGAUGUUUCCCAAGACUUUAUUGUCAACGGUUUUCUGGCCAUGGCUUGGUACGACGAGUUAGCUGUUUGGGAUCCUAAAGACUACGGAGGUAUUGAGCUUGUGCACCCGUUGCCAGAGGAUAUUUGGAGACCAAGAAUCGGACUCAUGAACACAUUAGGAGAGAGGGAUAUAUUUGGAGACUCUAAGGCACCUACAAACUUGUUCUACAAUGGUUAUGUCUACUACGUACCUGGCUCUGUGUUCCACACUUCCUGUGAGAUGACCUUGGUCAAAUUUCCAUUCGACGUCCAGAACUGUUCCAUCGAGUUUGUGGCUAUGAGUCAAACAGCAGACGCGGUGCGAUUUGUCCCUGAAAACGAGACAGGAGUUGAGAUGUCACUGUUCAUUCCUCAUGUCGAGUGGGAUCUCAUUAGCACGUACGUCAAGAGGACGGACGUUCCAAACCCACCCAUUACUUAUCAGACUGUUAAUAUUUCAUUCUUACUCAAGAGAAGGCCUGACUUUCUUCUACUGAACACAAUUUUACCGGUUGUCUUUCUUUCAUUUCUCAACAUUAUGGUUUUUAUCAUCCCCGCUGAAUCUGGAGAAAAAAUUGGGUUCGGUAUAACCGUCCUGCUGGCGCUGGCUGUAUUUCUCAGUAUGGUCAGUACCAUGCUUCCAAGAUCAUCUAAGACAAUGCCCAAAAUUACGAUCUUUUUAUUUCUCCUUUUGGUCAUUUCCUUGUUGACUGUAGUGGACAGUAUCAUCAUUGUGUAUCUUCAUCACCUGGAAGAGAAAGAAGGGAAACUAUUAAGAGCUAAAAAUAAAUACAAAAGUGCUGCCAACAAAAUACGAUCUCUGACAAAAGCUGUAACGAAACCUGAUUGCAGUCAAACCAAAAGUCAGAAGAAUGGAGAUGUCAGUCCGGUUGAGGUCAUCUCUUCCAGAUUGUUUGAAACCUCACUUCCUGUGGUCAUUAAUGAACAUGGGACACCUGGCAAAAACAUAGAUGGAAGCAAACCUCUCAAAGACAAUAAAAAUGAGCAUAACAAGUAUCGAUUGAUUGGGAAAUAUAUCGAUUUUGUCUCUUUCAUUGUAUUUCUAAUUAUUUGGAUUUGUGUGACCAUUGGUUUUAUGCUGGACAUUACGUCUGUCAUUCAUGUUUAAAUAAAUAAAUGUUCUCUGUGACAUGAACUGUAUAGGUUUAAGAAGAUGUAUCGAGACAUUGCAGCCAUAUGAGUAUUCUCUUGCAAUACAGAGACUACAUAAAUAACUGCAAUGGAUGAAGUCAAUUUGUGAUAGUGACUUUUGCAAAAGAGUUGAUAAAUAUCACAUUGACCAUUGAAGCCUAUAGAAAGAAUUAUGCAUUUCACCUGUUUAAAGAAUUCACAAAUUUUCCUUCGUGGAGAUGUUUGUAGAUACACCAACUUGCAUCAUAGUUCUUUAUGGAAAUAAAACAACCAUAUAGAAAAAGUUAAGAGCAUGGUAAAUGCAGAGCUCUACAGAAGAUUAAUGUCCAGUAAACAAUGUCCAACCAAAGUUACUUUAUUUACGGCAUCUACAGUACAAACACAUCAACGCCACCUUGGAUUGACAUGAGCACCUAGGCGGCAUCGGUUGUCGUGUGGACUAGGCAGUGUGGUGUCUGAAUUAUGGACAACGAUUUUUAUAACUAGGAUUUAUUAUUUGAACUAA